AGUUGAAAGGCUGAAGGCACUAGUGAAGCCUCUGGACCUUUCAUCAAGGAUCCAUGGUAGCGUUACCAUCAAGAAGGCGUGGGCAGGUUUCUGCUGGUGACCAGGCAUGCUCCAAGAGGCGACAAGGACUUGCAGGAGGAAGAGGUCAGGACUGCGAGGAUUGCUGGUGGGGAUUGCAGCACUCACGACCUUUCUGGGCAUGCGGACGUACGUGCCCACCCCUUCCGCCCAGAUUGCAGCAGCUCCAGCGCUGGCGCCGACGCCGGUGCGGGCGCCGCGCCCAGAUGUCCCGCUGCCCAUCGACGAGACCCGCUACGGGGAGAAGGUAAGAUGGCUCGCAGAUCGACAGUUGUCCAGGCCCCCAGAGUGGCGGGUCUUGCUGCUGGACAAGACCUUCAGGAAUGUAUCGAACACCACUGCGAAGGUCGCUGCCUGCCUCGUUUCAGUCCUCGGCCUCGCUGGCUACGUAGCCAAGAUCAAGGCGGAGCACGCGAAGGAUCAUUUCUUUUCCGUCGUUGCGGUUGAGCAGGACUACAGGGAUGCGGUGCGAAAGGCGCAGGCAUUGCAAGGGCGUGGCCUUGCUGUUCGAGUGGUCCCCGGCACCAGUCGCAGCACGUUGCAGCCGCAGCCGAGGAAGGAAGCUCAGCCGAGCAUGGCCUCCCAAAGGUGAACUGCCAUGAACAAGGAGGCUAGCGGACCAUCAUGCUGGGCUCGAGCGCUUCAGUUUUCUUUGCACCUUCCAUGCGGAGCACGGUGCAGCCAUUUUUGGCGACCAUUUCCCAGUUUUGUGCCAUGUUGCGUCCAGCGAGGCAUUUGUACAGAGUGCUCGCGCUUUGCGGCGUGCGGCGUGCUAUGCACUCGGCUGGGGCAAUCGGAUGCCAAGCAUUGAUAUUCAUGAGUACCAGGUACAGGUCAGUGCUUAGACAUACCACAGUCGCGCGCAUUGACGG